AAGUCAAUAUCGGUUUUGACAGUUCUUUACUAUGUUCCGCCAAAUCCAUGUGUGAUAAAUUCGGAAUAUUUUUGUUUUUCCAAGAUUUGCUUGUAGUUCUAUUUCUUCGAUGCGUUAUUUAAACAUAGCGAAGCCUUCUUUCCUCUCCCGACUCGACUAUCAUGGACAAUCGCGGUUUGGCUGGUAAUCACAUGAAACUUCACAACUCUACAACCGACUUCGACUCAGUGCAUUCUAACGACGUUAUCAAAUUGAUGGCUAUUGGUAAUCACAAUUUAAAUGAGUCAGGUUGUGAAGGAAGUCACAAAGAUAGUGAAUGUUAUGGAGAUUCACAACACCACAGUUUUGUUAAAGUCAUUCCUGUGGAGUAUACUAAACAGAAAUUUCCUAGUAUGGUUUAUUCAACUCAAAAUAUUUUAAGCCAAGAAGAUGCAAGGAACUAUCCCACAUUGUUAAAUGAAAAGGAUCAGUCAGAAAUGUCUAGUAUCGCCUCUGUGUCAACUUUGUCAAGUCAUGUUAUGAAUCGUGCAAUGUCUGCUACUGGUGCAGCUAUGGCUGAUAAACCUUCUCCUCCCCGUAUUCCAAAUGGUCAAUUGUGUGUUUUCCUUAGUAAUGGAACCUGUGUUUGUAUUGAUGUUGAACACGGUGUCAACACCAACUCUGCAACAAUUUUAAAAACACUGAUGGAAGCUGAAGAACUACGAUUACCUCCAGUUGCUCUAAAUGUCUUUGCAUUGUGGAUGAUUUCACCAGAAUUAGAAGUGCAACUGAAACCUCAUCACAAGCCUAUUAAGAUUUAUUCCGAAUGGGGACAACUUGUAAAGAAGUUUACUAAAUACGAUGGAAACCCUGUGUUACCUGAGCCCACACUUCAUUUGAGACGAAACGCAUUCUACCACAGAAGUGACGAAAUGCGAAUAAGAGAUUCAGGGAUCAUCGAACUAUUGUAUUGUGAAGCCAAAAAUAAUGUUCUAAUUGGGCGUUAUCCAUGUGAUCUCCCGGAAACUUUCCUCCUCGGUAGUUUCGUGGCGAGAGUUAACUUGGGAAAUUUUAUUUCUCAACAGCACACACCAAUGUUCUUCAGGAGUCGAUUGCGGGAUUAUCUCCCCUCCUACGCAUGUGUCAAAUCAACUCCCUGGUCAUUGGUUUGGCCAUUAUCAAAGUUACAACGCCCAGACAAAACUGCUCCCGAAUCCCUGAUAGUCGAACAGCUCAAAAAACUUCCUAACAACAUUCCUAGUCAGAGAUUGAUGUUGAAUUACUUGAAACGCUGUUGGGCUAGACCCUACUACGGAGCUGCAUUUUUCUGCGGCCAAAUCGAAGAGCGCCGUACCUCUCACCUGUCUUCAUGGUUCACUGCUGGCGACCUCGAAAUUCAAGUGGCUGUCAGUUCGGUGGGAGUGUAUCUGAUUCAGCAGCACGAAGGGACUGUUCUUCUCGGUUUGAAGUAUGGCGAAUUCAUUUGGGAUUGCGCGUUCCCCUACCGCCUCGACGACCCCGAUUGCUUCCCAUGCAUUUUUCUCCAGUUCGCCUCUCCCCCGUCAAGUCCUCGCGAUGGCAAUGACACCUGCGUCAUUCAGAUAUUUUCUAAACAGGCUGUCAUGGUGAACGCGUUAAUAGCCUAUUACACCAACAGGCAAAGAAGAAACUCGACCGCCGCUGCAAACGCCACCACCGAUGAAAUCGACGGAGGUAUCCAUGGAGAACAGGAUUUAGACGAUGUGAUGGCUCCGCUAACCAACCCUUCGCAAACCGAGUUACUCGACUCUUGUCUGACCAACAAGCUUCAUCGGCUCUCGUUGGCAACUUUUGAUGACGAAGGACGCUGCCUUAUAUCGACGGGGUCCUUGGCGGUAAUCAGGUAAUCUGUCAACAACAGUCUCACCGAGUUCACUGGACAUUUUGAUGUAUUUCUACACUUUGAUUUGGUUUGGUGCUUUUUGAUUUAUAUUUCUAACGUCGACGUUUUAUCCUGGUCGUCCAUCCGCCCUAAUGUUUAGGAGGCAUUUAAAAACGUUGAUGUGAAUGUAUUGGUUUUAUUAUUAUUAUUUUUUUUUUUUGAUCUCGAACAAUAUCGGGUAUGCAGACUUCAUAUAGAUAUUAUAAAAAGGUAUAAGGAAAACAAAGGUUAAUUAUAUAACAGUUUGGCAUUGCCAGUGAGAAGGUCCCUACCGAAAACAACCUACGGCAUUGUAAACGCAAAUUUCUUUUGAUUAAUGACUAGUUUUUUAAAAAAUCCUUCAACCAACACGUUUGAAAUUCAAUCGAUAUACCAAGUGCAAAAUUUUUCAUUUCGUUGUGUGACGCCGUGUUGUAAUUCCUAUUCCCCAAUUAGAUUAGCGUGUAUGCGAUAUUGUUUAACCUUUUUACCUUAUGAUAAGACGUGACCAAAACACCAAAGGGAACCGAUCUCAACCGUAAACAAAAAAAACCCACAGGAAUGAAAGGGAAAGUAAAAUAGCGAUUCAAAAAAAUGGUAUGAUUAUUGAUAUUGUAGAAGAAUGGCACUUGCUUGGUUUGUGCUUCUUCAUUUUUAAAUUUCUCGUGGUCAUCAAUACACAAAUCACACUACACUGAGUUGCGGAUGACGAAAUCG